GGGUGUGACUUAUCGAUAUUGAAGCCCCGGGGGAAGGGCGACAAACGUCUCCAGUGUCAACACUGGGCCAUUGUACUUGCGACAGCGGCGCAAGGCGUGCAAAGUGCCGAGAAGCAUUGUUUCCAUUUUAUUAUAACGAUUUUGUUUUUGUUCGUUUGCUAAUGAUGUUCUUGAGGAAGAGACGGUGAAGAGACGCUUUUUUCCAAUGAAGAAGUCGCUUUGCAUUCGAUUUUGCGUCAUCCAUUCUGUGGCGUGUUCUGAGAGCAAGAAGGAAGCGUAAUUAGACGCACAUCAUGUACGGUUACCGGUCGUUUGAUGGUGAUCUUCUUUUGGGAUCUUUUUGAUCCUCUUUGUCGCCUUGUGACGUCUAUCAAUCGGCGUUUUCGAACAACGUGUACCAUAUUUUAUUAAUGUCCCAAUCGAACGAGUCCAACACACCUUCCCUUAUCACAAGCAGCUGCAGGCUGAAUAAGAUGAAUUGAUUAGAUUAACCAGCGCAACCACCUCUUACACACACAUCUUGUGCUCUCGAGUGCUUCGACUGUUCAAAGCAUUCCAAUUUCUCACGAGUUGAAUAGACUUUGGAACGCAACAGCACUCGAAUAGGCACUCUAUAUCUACAAUCUGACCGCUCUCGAAACGGUGCAAUCAGUUCCUUGUCCUCCCCCCCCCCUUUUUCCACCCCACUUCCGAAGAUAAGAGACAGGCCGUGCAAGACGUGCAAAUAGUGACCGUACGUGCCUUCUGCUGCAUGAAAUGGCAGCGCUCAGAAACACCCGACCGACUUGCACUUUGGAGCAGUGACGUCAACCAAUGUAUGCGCCGUAUUGCCGAGUUCAAGAAGACGAACCAUCCGCUCCUGCACGCCCUCAAGCCGGAGGAAGAAAAGCUCGCCUUUGUCGAGCAUAACGUCGUGAACGUGCUGACCAACCGCGACCAGAAGGGGCGCCGCGUGCUGCUGGUCAACUGUGGUGCCGCCUGGGACCCGAAAGCGGUCAGCUCGGAGCAGCUGUUCCGGGUGUUCUUUCUCAUUCAUCUCGUCGCCCAGCUCGAACCGGCCACCCAGAUCAACGGGGUCGUAGUGGUGCUCGACUUUGACGGACUUUCGCUCAAGCAGGUGAAAGCGCUGUCGCCCUCGUUCUCCAAGCGGCUCAUCACGUUCAUCCAGGACGCGAUGCCGCUGCGCCUGAAGGAGGUGCACAUACUGAAGCAGCCGUACAUCUUCAACAUGGUGUGGGCACUCUUCAAACCGUUCAUCCGCGAGAAGCUAAAGAGUCGCAUCUUCUUCCAUGGCAACGAUUUGAGCAAAUUCCAUCAGUACAUCAGCGUCGACCGGCUGCCCGCUGACUACGGUGGCAAUCUGCCCGCGAUCGACUACACCGGGAAGGAUUGGUAUCCGUGCGUGGCAUCACACAUCGACCAUAUCAACAAGUACCAGCGGUGUGGAUUUGUGGAGCCUUCGAAGGAGUAGCGCCCCUAGUUAGUUGGCAUGCUAAUGCUGCGAAGCUGGAUCGGGACUUCUAGUUUUACGGGUGAUUGCACGUCCAAAUAAGGGUGUGGGCAAGAGGGGAGGGGGGGGGUAUGCCUUGUGUUUGACCAACUUUGUCACUCGCUUCUAUACACAGCGAGCGUAAUCGUGGUCUCAGAUGUGUGUAGCACAAACAACUCAAUAAAUUAAACACCCAAUUCUAAACAUCGCUCACGCAACUUCUUCCUUUGGUUUGGCGAAAGGUCACUGGUGUGUGUGUACGGGCGUAGCGAUAAGGUUUGUAAUCGCGCUUGAUGUUGAUUAGUGAACAGCUUUAGUGGAAUAGAAAUUGAACGAAAAAAAAACACCUUCGUUCUUCUUUGAUUGAGUAGUUGAUUGUGAGUAGUUUUGCUCCCAGGAAAAAUAGCAAAAACUUAAGGAUAAUAAAUCAAGCCCCUCUUGCACAGUGGUUCCCCUCCAAAGCAAUGAGUGGACUCACAUUUGUCGAUUUUCAAGUAUCAUUUGUAUUCAUUCGAUGAUCUUUCGGUGUGUUCUGGCUAUGUUGGACAUCCAGAUGGCGCCACUGUACCAAUACUUACAAACGACAUGUGUAGUGAAAUGUGUGUUUAACAUUAUUUAACGCUCGAAUUACUGUAUGAAUGAGCAUAAUAAAUGUGUGUUUAAUGAGAA